AUGGCGGCCCUGAAGCACGGAUCGAGGAAGUUUUAUGAAAUUCCUAGUAGCGAGGAAUUCACGCACUUAAGGAGUGAUUAUACCCUUAAGAAGGCGAAAAAUGUCGAAGAACUCUUCAAGUAUAUCGAAGAAAGUUGUAUAGGAGAAGAUGUUACAUUUUGCGGGCCAUAUGGCCCUCGGAAAGGUAAGCUUGGCAAGAGAGGAUGCAGUAAGCGAUUUGGUCGUUGCGGUACCGUUGAAUUAAAUUUUUCGAUUUUAUUUUCAGUCACCUAUUGCGACUACACGGCAUCUGGAAGGUAUGUUUUCAAACGUAUUGUUCAGUUGAAAUCUCACAGCAAACAACAAAAAUGUUUUUUUUUUUAAAAAAAAAAAAUUGGAGCACAUGCUUUAAAUUCUGUAGUUUAGCCUUGAAUUCUGUCUUAGACACAAGAUGGACACAUCCUUUCCAAAUGGGGAGGGGUGUGUUGGGCUCAAGUUUCUCUUUGAACGCUGGCUGUCAUCAGCAGCCCCCGACCCAUAAUCUAGCCUCUUCUGUGCUGGCUGCUUAUAAGGGUCAUUAGCUAGGGACCUACUUAGGCAUGUGGGGAAUUACUUGUACUGUACAUGUAGCCUUAAGUUCGGGCAGACUAUGCCUUAUCCUGGAGAAAUGGCUAGGCAUUUGGGUAACUAGAAUGAUCAUGUUAUUAUACCACAUCUGGAAUACAUCUUAUAAUGCCAACCCCAGCCACAGGAGGCAAAAAUCUUGAAGUUCUAAACCUAGAGCUUGGAAAAGUAGUCAGAAGUACGAAAAAGUCACUAGAUGUCCCAAAUUUCCUUGUGGAAGGACUUCCAGCGGGGAUUUUGGGUAUUAAGAAAUCAUGUAUCAUUCAAAGCUGGAGUAGUAAUCAUCACAAUCAAUCUUCUUUGUUGCUGCUGACAUGCACAUGUUUGUUGAUGGCGAUCUUUGAAAUGAAAGAUUUAGGUUUAUUGUUAGAGCGAGUCUGUAUAUGUAGCAUUGAUAAGUCAUGGUAGGAUUCGCAGUAAGUUGAUAACAUGGCCGAGGAAAUGUUAAAAGUUGCAACUCAGACAUUGAAUUGUGUGUCUCAUAGGUGGUGUCGACUGACAUAUCGGUUGAGUGUCGGUCAACACAUCAGUCAAUAUAUCGGCCGAGUGUCAGUUGACUGUUGAUUGAAGGUCAGUUGAGUAUUGGUUGAGUAUUGGUCAACGUGUUGAUUGAGUGUCGGUUGAUUGUGGCCGAUACUCAGCCCCUAUAACCUAUCAGUUGAUAGGCUGUCAAUAGUUGGUUAUUGGUCGUACAUGUAAAUUGUUCGCGUGUUGAUGGUCGAAAGUCAUGACAUAUGCUAGUCAUGCACAAUAGCUGUAAGCAAAAAUAAUACCAUUUAAAUCGGCCAUUAAGGUCUCUGUUCCUGUAAAAGUAGCUCUAGUUACAGUUAGUGUUCUUGUAAAAAGUGAUUAGGGUAAUCAAUAUUUUCAUAAACUACUCUUUAGGUCAUUGACAUUUAUUGAAGAUUACAUAAGAGGGCAGGUUUUACCUCAUUAUGGCAACACACAUACUACAACAACUGUAACUUCACUACAGACAACUUUGUAUCGCCAUGAAGCAAGGUAAAAUUAAUUAGUGCCUCCACACUAUCUGUUGUUUUACAUGAAUAACUGGAGAGUUUGGUCAAUGUAUUUCCAAAGGCAAAUUAAACUACAUGUAUACAAUAAUUUUCUCUAUAGCAGAUUUGUCAUAUAACAUUAAAUGUGUGCCAUAAGUUUGGCAACAACGUACCGUGUAAGAGAGUUUUAGAGGUUAUGAUGUUUCUAAAGAAUAGCUUUAAAUAAUGAUUUAUUGUUUUUUCCAGAUCACACAUUUUAAAAUUAACAAGGAGAUUUCUCGCAGAUUAAUCAUUUUGGGAUCGUUGAGCAAAAUCCGGGCACCAUCACAUAAUAAUUUUUUAGAAUCAUGCCCUAUUAAUAGAGUAUGCUUCCUUAUGUUUAGGGACCCAAAACAGCAUGUUUUUCAGUAAUGAAAGGAGACAGGCUUGCUUAGUAUUUUUAACAAAAAGAUGAUUUUGAUGAUUUAUCCUUGUGGGUUACACAAAUAUUGAUAGUACUCAGAUUCACAUACAUGUCAUGUAUAAUAUCACAUGAUGACUCAUGCAGUGUUCCCUCGGUGUAAAAAUGUUUCACUUAUGAUCAGACCAGAGUAUGUAUGUAUUAUGAAACAUUUGUUUGUUAUCUGAUUUGAUUAUUUGAAGGGAUAUCAUCAGAAAUGCAGUGAAUGCCAGUGAAAGUGACUCUGUGAUAUUUGUCGGUAGUGGAGUGACAGGAGCCAUUCAUAAGUUGAUUCAUGCACUGGACUUUAAAGAACCUCCUGUAAGUACUCAAUUUACAGCAUUGCCUUAUCACUUAUACUGAUUUUUAAAACGUGAAGACAUUCAACCUACACCAAUGCGAAGAUGUUGUGAGGAAUUCACCAGCUUGAUGUUGGACUCAUGUGAGUUUCCUUUCAUGCAAUGUACUCUUACAUUUACUUCUACAGUCUGCUUCUUGGCUAGAAAAAUACUGGUAAUUAGUGAUUUCCACCCGGUUAGCUCAGUAGGAAAAUCACAACUUUACCAGACAAGAGGUUGAAGGUUCAAACCCUGGCCAUAUAAAAGAAAUUAUAUUAUGCCAAUAUAUAUAUUUUUUGUAAUUUUUAUAUUACUUCAUUUUUGACAGAAUUAUAUGUAUUUCAGAGCUGCAAAUAAUUUUUCGUUGUUGGAAUGACGUGCACACUGUAUGUGUUGUGGUUCAAUUUUAUCAGGGUUUCAAAUUUUAUUUUCGUUUGUUUCAAACUCAUUACCAUAUAUUAUCAUACCCAAAAACAAAGGAAAAUAUAAUUUAAAACAUGCAAGGACAAAAUUUAACCAUAAUUUAACAUAUGUGUCCAGCUAAGUCACCUUCUUGGUCAAAUAAUAAAAGAAAGCAAAAAAUGUGGUCUGGCUCAAUCAAGGGUGGAUUAUGGGAAAAUUGUGCAUUGUAGACCCAGGAUUUGCAGAAAGGCUGAUCACUGCCAUAUAUUCACUGCAAUUUAUUAUGUUAUUUUGUUGGUACAACAAUGUCCUCAAGGUAGAUUUUUAUUCACCUUCAGUAUGAUAGUCUUUUAAUUUGUUGAGUUUGUUCAGACAUCACAUCUGACCACAGUUAAGAUUUCAUCGGAAAUGGGCCAGUUUUAGUCAGCCAUUGUCUGAUGAAUAACCAACUUUAUUUGCAGCUCUGCAUUUAGAUAAGAGCUAGAGAAAACUUCAUUACAAAACUAUAAUUAUUUCUGGAAAUGUAAGAUAAAGGUCUGUAACAACAUUCUGCUCUUUUAUAAGGUGGUACUUGUAGGACCAUUUGAACACCAUUCAAAUCUUCUCCCCUGGAAGGAGUUAGGUGCUGAGGUAUGAAAAUAUAUUUUUGAAUACUUUAAUGUCAAUUUUAAAUCCACUUUAAGUGGUUCUAAACCUUUUAUUAAUGUUAGGUUAUCUGGAUCAAGCAAGAUGCAAAGGGCUUAGUUGACCUCACAGACUUGGAGUUUAAACUCAAGGUAUGCAACAUGGUAACAAAAAAAUAAUAAUUAUUAUUAUUUUUUGAAUUUAUCUCAGUUAAUAAUUAUUAUUAACUGAGAUAAAUUCAACAACUUUCCUUUAUGAAAUUCAAUAAAAAAUGCUGUAGACAAGUAGCAAAGAAAUUCAGUUUUAGAAAAAUAAAGACAGUUUUUUUUGAUAAUCAAUGAAAUUAAGUUAAGUACUCUUGAAUGCAUCCUCAUACUUGAUUUACACCUUUGUGGUGUACAAAGCCCUACAGCGCAGAACAUGUUACAGGUCAAAAUUAAUUUCUGGUUAAAAUUAUUGAACAUAGGUUGAUUCUCAGUUUCCUCUUAGCCCUUUUUCUCGUAGCCCUAAUUAUUCAUGAAUAUUAGGGCUGGGAUGGAAAGAAGAUUGAGCAUCAACCUAUGUUAAAUAAAUUUUAACCAGACUUUAAUUUUGACCUGUAUCAUAAAUAUUGAUCAUCUAAUAAGCAUGAUACAAAAAGGAAAUUUGAGGCCAUUGGCCCAGUUUUGAAGUGGGGAUUUGACCUGUGAAAUUCGAGAUACAGCUGGUGGUAUUCUCCACUGAUUUGGGUGCAUACUACGGGGCUGCUAGGUUCAACUUUGUGUUUUGAUUUUAAAGAAUUGAAGGGGUGUCUUUUCACACGAUACCAGUAUGACUCAUUCUGGAAUGAGUUCAUCCCAUCUCUGCGUACGUGUAUUUCUCUGUAUUUGUUUACAUGAUACCGAAACAACAUUUCAUUCCUGUACAAGGCAUUCCGGAGUGAGUUCAUUCCAAAAAUUGUGUAGUCUGGAGAAAGUGGCGCAUGCCUAUCUGAUUUGGUGUGAAAACCACGCAAGUGAGAACACCUUACAGGCCAAGCCAUUUGAUUUUGUCAUGUGAAUGCAGUAGAAACUUCACUCUGGAAUGAAACUCACGAAUAAAUUAUUGUGGAAUGAAAGUCAUUCCGGUAUCAUUUCAACAGCCCCUAAGUGCUACUUUGUAAAAUAUCAGUUUUUUCUUUUUGUUUUUUUCAAAUGCGUAUCUAUCUGCCAGGAGAGUUAAGCAUUUUAUAAGGCAUCAAAUUGAAGCUUCCAGUCACCUGUUCAAUGAUGUAAUAACUGCUGCAAAAUAAUAUAAACCAAUAACCUAACUUUUGGUUAUGUUUGAUUUUAGGCUAUGUCUUCGAAAGGCAAGCAGCUUAUUGGCUGUUUCUCAGCUGCAUCUAAUGUGACUGGUAUUCUAACAGACACCAAUGCCAUUACAGCUUGUCUGCACAGGCAUGGGGCAUUAGCUUUCUGGGACUAUGCCACUGCAGGUAAACAGUGAAAUGGUAAUUAGGGUGACUCCAUAAUGAAUUGAGCAAACAGCUGAUGAAGACAGUGGCAGAAAGGUGUGGCACAGGUGCUUAAAAAAAUUACAUUNGUGAGUUCAUUCCAAAAAUUGUGUAGUCUGGAGAAAGUGGCGCAUGCCUAUCUGAUUUGGUGUGAAAACCACGCAAGUGAGAACACCUUACAGGCCAAGCCAUUUGAUUUUGUCAUGUGAAUGCAGUAGAAACUUCACUCUGGAAUGAAACUCACGAAUAAAUUAUUGUGGAAUGAAAGUCAUUCCGGUAUCAUUUCAACAGCCCCUAAGUGCUACUUUGUAAAAUAUCAGUUUUUUCUUUUUGUUUUUUUCAAAUGCGUAUCUAUCUGCCAGGAGAGUUAAGCAUUUUAUAAGGCAUCAAAUUGAAGCUUCCAGUCACCUGUUCAAUGAUGUAAUAACUGCUGCAAAAUAAUAUAAACCAAUAACCUAACUUUUGGUUAUGUUUGAUUUUAGGCUAUGUCUUCGAAAGGCAAGCAGCUUAUUGGCUGUUUCUCAGCUGCAUCUAAUGUGACUGGUAUUCUAACAGACACCAAUGCCAUUACAGCUUGUCUGCACAGGCAUGGGGCAUUAGCUUUCUGGGACUAUGCCACUGCAGGUAAACAGUGAAAUGGUAAUUAGGGUGACUCCAUAAUGAAUUGAGCAAACAGCUGAUGAAGACAGUGGCAGAAAGGUGUGGCACAGGUGCUUAAAAAAAUUACAUUUCUUUGGUAAUUGCAUGGCUUCAUGCUGUUGCUGUUAUCCUGGAAAGAAUUCUCACAUUUAAACUAUUGAAUUCAUAACACAGUCUCUUUGACUCUGAUUGGAUCACCCUGUUUGAAAUAUAUAUCACCAUAGUAAUAAGCAAUACUCUGCUUUGUGGCAGUGGUAUUUCCAAUAAUCUUGGACUAUUAAUACACUGAUUGCAGUGUACCCUCCGGCUCAUACAGACACUUCCAUAAUGUAGACUGGCCUCUCCAUUAUGGACAAUCCCUGCCUUUACUUAAAGACACCUCUGUAACUUGGACAUGUCCUGUUGGUUAUUUAUGCCCAGUGGGGGUCCAUUUUAAGAAUGUUUGACUGUUUUUCUUUUGUGUCUUACAUGACAUACAGCUCCAUAUGUGGAAAUCAACAUGAAUCCAUUGGUAACCAGGUAAUCACUUUUUUAAAAUACUAUUGGAAAGACCAAAAGUCAACAACUGUCAAACACUUAAUUUUGGUAAUUUUACAGAUAAUUUGAAAUUUGUGGCUUUUGGUAACCUUGAGUUUGACUCAGGUACCUUCUUUUUUUUGCUUUUUUGCUCAUGAACAAUCAUAAUGCACUCCAAGCAAUGCUGGAAAUAAUAAUAAAAUUAUUUAUUCAGUUUUAAAAGCUGGCUGAAAUGAAAAAGUAGCCAAAUAAUUUUGAUAUAUUCUUGAUAAUUAAGCUUAAAUGUCAUCCAGCUGCUAUGAUUAAUAAAUAAUUGUGGGAUGUUUUAUUUUAUGUAGUGAUGAUCAGGGAUUUGUGUACAAAGAUGCCAUUUUCAUUUCAACGCACAAGUUAGUCGGUGGAGUCGAAACACCAGGUAAAGUAAAAUAUGAAGGACAAACUGUAAAUUAGGACAUUAUAGCACUCACCAUUCCCACCAAAUAUUCAUUAUUUAUAAGUUCUGGUAACUGUUCCCUUAGAGGCUGUUGCAAUAAGUGCUGAGAUAUCUUAAUUGAUCAUCGGAAAUAAUCAGAUUGACCCACGGGAACAAUAAUAUUGAUUAUAGUCGGAAUAAUGUCCUUAAAAGAAUUCCCUUUAAGCUUCUGUACCAUGUUUUAGAACGUGACAAAACAUGGGAAAUGAUUGGCACACCACUAGCUGCAAUACCAGAAUGAUCAAUAACAUUGGAAGAACCCAGACAAUUUUUACUACCUGUGAUGGCAGGCUGACAGUUUUUACAGUGUCAGUGUUUCUUCUUCUCACCAUUAAAAUAUCAGUAUAUACAUUGUAAGUAAAGUAAUUUAAGUUCUUUGUUUAAACCAUAAUUUCCUUUGUCUCCUAUGAAUAAUAAUAAUAAGGACUAGAAAGCAAAGGAAAGUCUGAAUCACAAGAGAUUGACCAGUGGUUAAACCUAAGAAUGGAUAUUAACUACAACAUCUAUACAUCAUAAAUCUCAGUGCCAUCAUUUUGUUUAAAAUGACUCUGAAAAUGAACAAUUUGUUUCCUUUUUCAGGGAUCCUCAUUGCCAAGAAAAGUUUAUUUAGGAACCCUGUACCUUCAGGUUGCGGUGGAGGCUCUGUGUUUUUUGUAAGUAAAGAACAUUUUUGAAGGAGCUGUGCUGCUCAUUAGUUGCGACUUAGCUAUAAUAAAACAGAGAAAAAAACAGAGUAAACAUUGUUUGAACGACAAAAAAACUGAAUUCACCGGCUCUACUACAUAGCAACUUGGCCACUGUAGAACUGUCCCGCCCUACCCCCUCCCCAACUUCCCUGUUGUAUUUGACCAUUUCUUUUUUUUGCAAUUUAAGGUGACAGAGAACUCUCAUAGAUACCUAAAGGAGAUUGAGAUGAGGGAGGAGGCUGGAACCCCAGCUAUUGUGGGUGCCAUCAGAGCUGGACUGGUCUUUCAGUUGAAACAGGUACCGGAUAAAUAUUAAACAGUUUCACGUUUUAGGGUCACCAUAGUUAGGACAUGUAGACAUGUGAUGUAAUGACAGGUAUAGAUCGGUCUAACUUAAGAGUCUGCUGACAAACUGAAAUGGUGUGACCAUUCAAGUAAAACCUACUGAGAAGUAGUUAAUGGUGGCAAAAGGACAAGUGUAUUGUCCGAGAUUACUUUUAACUAUGUUUGAGCCUGUGAAUGAAAUCUUAUUGUGCGACCAUUCAAAUGAAAACUCUCUGCAAUACUCUGUCUGUGGAUGAAAUUAAGUGUGACCAUUCAUGUGAUACCUAAUUAUUGUUUAUGCUUGUACAAAGUUAUUUGAUUUGCAUGAGAUCUUUUUGAUUUUCCCUUUUUUUUUGACCGGCCUCUUCUUCUACAGUAUCACUGAGUAGUCCCUUGACCAGGAACAUUGUAGUUAUGAGUAUGGCGGGGUGGGUCAUGUUUACUGAAUUUUUUUUCUUCACUGAAAAACUUAUUUUUAGUUUUAAAAUGAUGUUAAACUUAAGGGGCCUUCUUUUCUCUAAGGAAAUAGGUUCAGCUGCCAUCAUGACCAGAGAGGAAGAUUUAUGUAGGUUAGUAUGUACAUAUGCCAUUUUUCUUCUUUUCUUCGGUACUGAUAACCAUAAAAUAUAAAAUAAUGUAAAUACAGGACCCAGUUUUGAAUUAAGCAGUAUUGUUAUCUAGCCUCCCAUGCAGACGUUCUUAGGGGUUCGUCACACGUUCUGCCCGACGUUGGGGAGGAUUGCGUGACAAGCCAAAAGAACUCUACAUGGGAGGCUAUGUUGUGAUCGUGACAAUUUAUGGAUUUUGGGUAUUCCUAAGCUCUUUUGAUCAUUAUGCAUUUUACAUUAUCACCUCAUUGUAAAGGCUUACUGGGUAUACUUUCACGUCAUUUUGGAGUGGUAGUUUUAACUGAAUUGAUAGCAACAUCGUCAGAAAGAAUUUUGUUUUUCAACAGGAGAGCCCUGUCAGCAUGGAAUAACAGUGAGAAUCUUGUUCUCUUGGGGAAUACAGCAGUGUCUCGCCUCCCGAUCUUCUCAUUUCUGAUCAGGCACCCAAUCUCAGGGUUGUUCUUACAUCACAACUUUGUAUGUGCCCUCCUGAAUGACCUGUUCGGAAUACAGGCCCGUGGGGGCUGUGCAUGUGCUGGCCCCUAUGCACAGGUACUCUGAAAUUUAGUAUUAGCAUAUUCCUUAAGUUAAUUGUCCGUUGUAAACGGCUUUGCCUUUUACCCUUGUCAUAGAAUCUGUUGGGAAUAAACGAGGCACUAGCAAGAGAAAUUGAAAACCUCAUAUUGGAAGACAGGUUUGUGGCCUAUAGUGUUUGAUCAUUACAGUUUCUCAACUUACAAGUUCCACAGUCGUGAUUAUUGCUUCAAUUGUUUGUCUCGUGAUCUAUCAGAAGUUCAACUUCUUCAGGACUAAAUCAUUGCUUUCUUUUUGGUACUAGUAUAACUAUUCUGUAAUUCUAAACCUUCACAGUUUCAUUUAGUUUAAUUAGUUCUAACAAAGCUAUUGUUUAUUUUCCUUAUGAAAAGAAUGAUGUUAACAUUUUCCUCUUAAACAGUCGCUUAGACAGAGUUCACCUCCGACGAUACCAUGAAUAUUCUGAAAGAGAAAUCUUGAGGUAAGUGUUCGAAACACUUUUUCAUCAUCAUCAUCAUCCUCCUCAUCAUCAUCAUCGUCAUCAUGAUUGUACGGAUUCCCAAAAGGGGUUCCCUACUUGAACACUAAGGAUCAUGUUACAUCAGGAGUAAUCGGCUCCUGGUGACAUUGAACAGAGCACGUUUUCCAAUUUUGACAAGUCGUUUCCUUUCGUUUCUCGUGCACUGGCCCGCACGAACUCAGUUGACCUUAUUCUUAAUUUUGUGGAACUUCGUUAGGGAUAAUUUCAUUAAAGUCAUCAUCAUCAUUGUUAUCAUCGUCAACCUCAUCAUUGUCAUCAUCGUUGACAUCAUCAUCAUCGUCAUCCUCAUCACCAACAAAACAUCAUCGUUGUGAUCUUCACGUCUUCCCGCGCCUAAUCCAAUUAACUGACGUUGAUCCUCAAACGUACGGCUUCCUUAAUUGCAAUUCGGAUUUAUUAUGACUUUUGAACUAACUAGAAUAAACUACACGUGUAAAUUUCAUAAAAUAAAUAUCAAUUCACGUGUUCUACCCAGACCAGGUUUUGUGCGGCUUAAUUUGCCGUAUUUUAUGUCAGAUGAUUCUGUCGAGUUUGUUAUAAAAGCAGUGAAGAUGGUGGCAGAACAUGGCUGGAAACUUCUACCACAGGUAAUUAAAUACUUCUGUAAAAGGUCAGUUUUUAAUGGUAAGGAUCCUAGCCUGUCAUUAGGCUCUCUUGUGGUGGGUAGGACGAAGAGGAAGCUGGCAAAUUCUUGAAGACAGGGAAUAGGAAAGAGAAGGGGAAAGUAACGAUCCAAUGAAAGUAACCAACUGGGAAAGAAAAAUGAUCCCCAAAAGUAACCUUACAAGUUGAUGCCUGGUAAUUAAUCUUGAAAGUGACCUGGGUGAAGGUUUUAACAUAUACAGUGCAGGCUAGUGACAGUCACCCUUCCCCCGUGUAUAUUUUAGAUAUUUUUUGCUCAUUUUAUUCGUUUUUGUCCUGUUUAGUACAUGUUUAACCCUGAGACUGGAGAGUGGAAACACAGAAAACAUCAGGUGACAUGCACGCAAUUCUUUAAUAAUGCCUUUUCUUUGUGUGUUUGUAUUUGUUUCCCAUUUCUUAACAGUUAGACUGAACUUUUGUAGACCGUUUGACUUGAUCCUUCUCCUAUUUUUGACAGCCAUUAGCCUUGCCUUCUUUUUUUUUAGGUAUUUCGUGACCGAAAGUGGCUUGGUUCAAUUACUUACUCAGAGGGUCAUAUGACGUAUCCAUCAUCCCCCGCAUGCGCGGAAGGAGCCCCGAGUUCACACACGGUAGGAAACUAGUCCCACAUGGGAUUAGUCGUAACGCGGUUUUCCUUGCUUUUGCUUCAUCACGUUUAUGAUUGGCUAAAAAUCUCACGCCGCUGGGUUCUUAGCCAAAGGAAUAAAUCAUGUGUUGCUCGCACAUGUUUCCUGCCCUUGGUGUAUGCCACAGCCAUUUCCUUUUAAUUUCAAUUAGUUAAGUUCUCUGGGACUUUUUGGAUUAGUGAAAGAAUUUUUUUUCAUUCAAGUAAAGCCCUGUGAUUGAGACCGGACUCGAAAAAACGGCGAAAAUCGAGACUGGUAAAAAAGCGUUGCAACCACGAACCGACUUAAAUUAGCAACCUCGUUCCCAGGAUUCUCUCCUACCCGCCCCCUGGAGCGAGAGAGGGGCGGGUAGGAGAGAACCCUGGGAACGAGGUUGUUAAAUUAGCAGUUCACAAUCAGCUUCUACAAUGUUGCUUGAUUUUGAUGUUAAAAAAUGGUUGUUUAUCAGUGACCGUUGCUUAGUAUUUUAGGGACGAAAUAGUUACUGGGAAUAACAGUUAAAGCAAUUAAGACUACAUCGUGGCAUUGUAGUGGUUUUCUUUGUUCUCAUUACCCAUAUUUAUUUAUAAUUUAUUAAGAAUCAAGGGUUUGACUUUAGUGUCUUCUUUAACGCCUAGGAAUGCCUCAGAAAAGCUGAAGAAAUUCUACAGAAAGCGACCUUAAACAGGGUAAAGACGAUUUUUUUUCGUUUUAAGCAUGAACAGAAUAACUCUAUGGUGUUCAAAAUUCCGUCCCGGCCUUAGUUCGGUUAUUUCCUGUUGUUGUGUUGUAUGAGUUGGUUUCAAACUUUUGAUCAUUUACAAGAAAGUUUUUAUCAAGAAGUACAGUUCAAGACAAUUAUCUAUGUUGUUGGUGACUACAAAUUUUAAGUCUAACCUAAGAAGUUUAUUUUCUUUCCUCAGGCUAUCAUUAGUGUUUGUGAUCAAACGUUAUUUUUGGGCGAGGAAGGUGAAAAGCUACGCUGGUUUUUGCUUCCAAGUGAAGCGGCGCAGCUGCUGAACGGUAAACAACUUAAAGACUAUCCGAUAAAGGCGCCUUUUGCUCCAUUACAAUGGAAGAAUGGCUUGUGUGUCCCGCAGGCCGCUCAUUUGAUAGGGACUCAUUAUAUGGAGUCUUCUGAUAGGACUUCUGUAGCUCCCAUAGAAAAAUGUACUACACUGAGAGAAAACACAGAGGAAAGAGAUUUAAACGGGGUGACAAACUGUGGUUGUAUUACAAAAAGUGAAACUGGUAACAACGUCGCGGGGAUUUCUAUUUCCAAUGUUGAUAAAUGCAAUAAUGAUGCUGAAAGACUCAGAGAUUUGCCAGACUCUGCGGAUUUAAAAGAAAAUGAAACCACUUUGGCAAAUGUUUGCAACAGAUCUUUGGAAGGCGCAGGGAGUAAACCUAGAUUUAACGCUGAAAACAUGGAUACAGAACUUGCAGGUGAAGAUUUGCUCUCACGUAAAAGGAUUCACGCAAACGGUUUUGACGAAACAAGGAUACUUAACUUUCCUGAGCAAGGGAAAGAGACAAUCACAAGUGCUUUUGUGAGUGAGACAUCUUUGAAUGGACCGAAGAACGAUUAUGGUUCCCUUAUUGACAGUGAAACAAGUGAAAUACCAAACAGUUUUGACCAGAAAUUAAACCUAAACACUUCUUCGAAGGAAAGGAUAGUUCCUUCUUCCGAAGGCAGUGAGGCUAUGACGAUUUCAGAGGCUGUUUGUCGCCGAAAACCGAGAAAGAAGAAACAAAGUGAAGUGACCUCGGGUAAACCGAAGUUUCAUCAUCCUCCCAAGAGUAUUUUUAAACCAGCCACACAGGUAUAAAAACAAUUAUUAGAAAUAAUUCACGUGGCAGCUGUUUACUUUUUGUACCGAUAAUUUCUGAGCAUGUUUUGUCUUUCAGUCUGUCGGGACGAGCGCAAAGAAGCGCGGGUACGUGAAAAAACCGGCGGAAACUGGGGGGAGGGAGAGAGCAGCGCACUCGCUAUUCUUAUCCCCAGACCCUCCUGUCCCCUCUCAGCCGGCGAGGUUUGAGAACGAGUUCCUGGUGACAGGCCUUGCUGACAAAGAAAAAGAGGAAGCUCUGGGAACGAGAAUGUUCGUUAACUUUUCUUUUUUCUUGCCUCUUCAUCCCCACAAACUGAGAGCCUCGAACAGGCUAAUAAGUUUUUACUAUCAGAAUUUAAUGCAGUGUAAAAAAAUCUCAUAUUCCCCCGUUUUUUCAGUGUCUUUCAUUUUUCCUUUUCUCUCCUUCUGACCAUAACCCGGCUUGUUGAACUUCAAAGAUAAUGCAUUGUGUAAGGUGUAUGAAGAGGCUGCGAAUUUCUCCGCCAAAAGUUUAGUUUCUUUAAGAAAUAAAGAGGAAAGGGGAAAAAAAGGGAGAAGCGUCCAUUUUCGCUGUUUAACACAGUUAACACUAGCAGCUCACACUGUAGUAAAUUAUUUUGUUUCUCUUUAAUUUGCAGGCUUUAGAGGAGUACGAGAUGAUUCGCGAUGGAGACAGAGUGCUAGUGUGUCUGUCAGGAGGCAAGGACUCACUUUCGUUACUUCACACUUUACAUCAAUAUCAGUUCUACAGCAAAUCUAAGGUAUGCUACCAUGAAACCUAGCCUGUUAUGAAUGAUCUACUGGACAAAUUUGAUUUGGCGCAACCAAUGCAGGUGGCGGUUUUUUUACUGCGCACAGACCGCUAUGUUGGCGGCGGGGGCAAUAAGAUACAACUGUAAACAGCCUAACUCACGGUUAAGCCCGCCCAGUUUUUCGGUUUGUCGCGUUCAUCACCACUCCACCACAACCUAGUGCUCAGGCUCCCUAACAUUGAACAGUAUAUGGUGAUACAAUUGGUGAUUAUUAGAUAGAUUUUGUUUUCAUGUUAUGGCUCUUUUCUUAGGGCAUCAAUUUUGAACUUGGAGCCGCCACUGUGGACCCUCAAUCCCCUGGAUAUGACCCCAAACCUCUGGUCCAGUAUUUAGCGGCCCUUGGUGUUCCCUACUUUUUUGAAGAGCAAGGUAUGUCGAGCUAUAAACCAUGUAAACAAAGUUAGUCCUUUCACCGUUAGUUCUUCCCAAUUCGAACUUUUUUAAACUCUUUUAGUAUUAAGAUAAAAAAAAAAAACCGUGACGGACAAACGGCUAUUUUACAUUUUGGUGUUCUGUACGUUUUAAGUGUUUUAAAAUUUAGCGUUUUUCGUUUUUGAAAUCUCUUUUAUAAAUUUGCUGUAGUCGUAGAUUAAUUUCGUCCAGUAAAAUAUUCAAAACAUACAAACAUAGCAUUGAAGUUAACUUAAAGAAAAACACAGAACUUAAAGUAAAGAAAAAAAAACAGAAGAAACCAAACGGGUUCCUCCAUCUUGUGUACUUGCAAUUGUCCCUAUAAAACAAUAUAACCUGUUUGAAAUUUUCUUCCGAACAGGAAUCAUACAGCAAGCAGCUCAGCUGACUGUUUGUGAGUCUAUAUGUAGUUUUUGUUCCCGAAUGAAGCGUGGACGCUUGUACGCAUGUGCAAGGCGCGAAGGAUACAACGUGCUUGCUAUGGGACAGCAUCUUGAUGAUCUGGCUGAAAGGUGAGCCGGAUAAUAAUUCUUUCCAGUUUUUGUUAACGGCCAGUGAUAUGUGGGGAUCCACCCAGUAUAACAUCCUCAGGCUCUGUCAGGAGUGUUGUGUGCGCCGCUAAAUGGUAACCUGUAUAUCGCCAUCCCCUUCCGUAAAAACAAAAUCGAAGAGAGGGACACCGAUUUUGUUUGAGGGGAGGGGAGGGUGUAUACAGGCUACGAAUUGGUUAAAAUUAGUUUAGAGAAGUCUACGUUGAAAAGAGUAUAACCUGUCUCAUAUACCACUUUCCCGCCCUUUUUUUCCCUCCCUCUCUGGAUUACACCAACUUCCUCCUUGUAUAAAUGUCCCUAACAAAAUUAAAAUUGUUUUCGGUACUAUAAGAGAGGUCAAGAACCGCCUUUAUGGCAAUCGAGAAACGGCAGGAUGCAGAGUAAAGUUUUGUCCCGCAUGUUUUUUUUUUAUGAAUGUGAAAGCACGGUCAGCGAUAAAAGAAAAACGGGUUUUUCGCAAACGUGGUCCUUGAAAAUUUGGCCAUUUAUUUUCAGCUUUUUGAUGUCAGCAUUUCACAAUGGUCUGUUGCGAACAAUGAAAGCCAACUAUACCGUCUUGUAAGUAUGUAUAUGUAACAAACCUGUUAAUUAUUUGUUUAAUCUUAUAAAUCUUUCCAUCAAAAACCUUCGUGCACAAAGACAUAUUAAUGUUUUAAUCAGAUUUAGUUUUAAAGGUUACUACUUGUCGUGUUUUGCUCUUCCCGCAAAGUUAGAUCAUGAAUGGAUUUCAUUUAAUCACAUCAUAUUUUCUUCGUUUUAGUUGGUUUUAUUCUGUUAUGAAAAUGCUAUUGUUUUUCUUUUGUUUCACUGAAAACUCUGACUACAGAUUCAACGUUUUUUUUUUUGGAAAUGAAGCUAAUGAAUAAAUAUCUUUACAUUUUAGGGAAUGUGAUUUGCGUGUUAUCAGGCCUUUAGUUUAUGUACGCGAGAAGGAAUUGAGAAGUUUUGCGGAAAAGGUAAUGUUUCAUUAUUCGAACACAUAAUUAGUUCCUGACAAAGACCGAUGCCAGGCGAAAGUUUGUUCCGUUUUUCGGCAGACUUACUGUAUUUAUUCGAAUAAGCGCCCAACCUCGAAUGAGCGCCCACCUCGAAUAAGCGCCCAUGCUAAAGGUAGAAAACGUUAACAAGCGCCCAGCCUCGAAUAAGCGCCCACCCCACCCCACUCCCUCCCACAAAAACUAAUAAGAGACCCUCCUGAAGACGCAGUUUUCUUCAGAGUGUUUUACAGAAACCUUGCUCUGCUACAUCUUCGCUUUUUGUUAGUAACAUUUACUGUUUUGUUGCAAAAUAUACUACUACACUUGCUGAGAAUGGUGAAAAUGUAAUAAGCGCCCACUCUCAAGGUCCAAAAAAUUUAAUAAGCGCCCAGGGCGGUUCAUCGAAUAAAUACGGUACUUCAUUUUCCAGCCCGGCGGAAUGUUUAUUGCCACAAAACCAGAGUUCGCCAGGGGUUGGAAAUUAUUAAUAAAUAAUACAUGUAGAUAGGAUGUAGAAGUGAGAUAAUGUCAUAAUUUAUCGUGAAAAUUUGUGUUAUUUAAGGUCAAACUUCCUGUGAUUGCGGAGAACUGUCCUGCCUGUUUUGAAGCACCCAAGGUCAGUACUUUUGCAUUUGUUGCCUUUUUAAUUGGUUUUCAUGUUCAACUUUUGUUGUAUUUCUUCUUUUCAGGAGCGUCAUAGAACAAAACAGCUUCUGGCAGCUCAGGAAAUAUUGUUUCCAGGCCUCUAUCACAGCCUGCUCACGGCCAUGAAGCCUUUGAUGGCUCGCGAUCGAGUGGGCCUGGAGUCUAGCAAGAUGAAAAAUGGAAACUAUGAGGAUUUCCUCUGA